CCUCAGCGCCUAAAUACCUCUUUCGAACGUGACACAGAUUUCGAUUUAACAACUAUGAGACUGUUCUUCUCAAGUGCUUUCGUCCGCAAUGUGAUCAUCACCAGCUCCAGCGGCCAAGUUUUGUACAAAGUCUCUACUCCACUCAAGGCCGUGUGGGGCGCAGCUCCAAGCACUAUAUGGAAGAUCAGCCCAAAUUCUGCAUCGAUAUAUCGCACUAACGCCGACUACGAUAACACUCAUAUUGAUGGAGGCGGGCGUGAAGAUGAAGACGAUCAACCAGAUGACGAUGAAGUUGAAGUUAGGUCAGAAGAAGAAGGGGAGAACCAAGAUAUUGAUAUGCAAGACCACUUUACUCGACUUGCUGAAAUAGAACGGCGUAGAUUAGUUUCAUCUCGAAUACGAUGGUUUGACCCUAAUGAAGGGGUGAAUGGGAUGCCAUUGAGUGAGGUAGAGACGAAAGAUUUCAUUCCAACAAGAGGCUUCGCUCGAAGAAAGCGAAUUUUCACCGGACCCGACGGUCGAUCAUAUCGUUGGGACCUUGGCCAACGAGCAUGUUCUCUUCGUCUUGAUAGCGAUGACUCUUCAAAGGCACCUAUCGCACGCUAUCACCGGCGAAAAAUCGCUUUGCUUCCUGGCUCAAAGCCGCAACAAGGGUACCUCGAGAUCAAUCCCGGUCCGCCAGUCAAGCCUCCUGCGAAACAGAAUCUGGACCCCAGAGAAAUUGACAUAGAUCGUUACACGGAUUACGAGCUAGAGAGCAGUCUAGACGUGCAGUUGGAUGCAAACAUGCUAGAUAUAAUACUCGUGACAUUCAUUUAUGUCGAAAAGCUGAGGAGGGAAAAGGAAUGAGCUAUGAGAAGAGAGCUGAGGUGUAAUUUAUAACCUGAGAAACGUCGAACAAGUAGGUUCGCGAUUCAGAUAAGUGAUGAAAAAAAAUUACCGCUUUGACGUGAAAGACAACAGGGCAGGCCGUCGCUAGUGACAUUGUGGAGAAGAUAUGACCAAGGGUAUUCGAUAUGUAUUCUGCAUGCAAUUCCAAAAUUCGUCUAUGACUUUCUUCUAUAUCUCGUCCACAUUCACUUCUACCUGGCUCAUUCCUUCCAGGUGGCUAGCAUCAGCAUAAUUCAGAACCCGUCCUUCCAAGCUCGGGCGGCCAACACUCCGGAAUUCUACGAGUGUGAUGCUCGUAUUUGAGCACCUCCCAAUAGUGAUUCCAUCGGCGCAAGUCAGCGCUCUAUUGGCCACCAAACUACGCACUAAAGUGCCAAUGAAACCUCCAUGAGUCACUACUAGAGCGGAACGACAUCGACCAUCCAGCUUAGCGUCAGGUACUAUAGAAGACACAUAUCCCAAGAUGGUGUGAUUCCACCAACUGAGACAGCGUACCACGAAGGCAUCUCCUUGUUCAAGUGAAGGCGCAGGCUUGUUCGACGAUACAAGUUCCCCCUGGCGUUCUCCCAUGAACUAAAUGGCGAAAGAGAGGCCGAGGAGCCAAAAGUCGUGACAAAGAAAUAGCGCAAAACCGGAAAUUCCACCCAUAUGCGAUUUAUUUCAGCAAACAUGCGUUAUGAUAAUCGCGUGAGAGUGAGCACAGCGCAACCUAGCGACUCACCCU